AAAGUGAAAACAAAUCCAGACAUUCAAGAGUCAACAUUACAUAAACCUAGACUUCUAGAUCUAGAUUAUUCUAGAUUAAGAUAGUUAAAGAAAAUCUAGAAUGGAUAUAAAAUAUAUCUAACUAGAAUCAUCUAGAUCUAGCUUUGGUGAUUUAGAUUACACUAGUCUAUUACACUUACAAUAAUGACUCCAUGAUGGCUGAUUAUUACAAGACAGACAUUAUAUUUGAGGAGGGCCGUUUGAGCCGCUCACCUUCACCAACCUUGAUAUAUCCUUUAGCCAAAGCCAGGAAAGAAAAUACAGUCCUUGAGACAUCAAUGACUGGACAAGUAGAUGAAAACUCUCCACCGUUUCCAUUUGAUCCUGUGGAGAAUGUGUUGGAUAAAUCUCAGAAUAGUUUAGGAGCUUUCAAUAGUGUUCUCAGCCGGAGUUACUCUCGAUCGCCAGAAGACUCUAGAGUUCAUCAGAGAAGGAGGAGAUCCAAAGAAGUGCCAGCAGAGCACCAGAAGAUGGCUACUCCAGGGAAGUCACCCAAAUCACCAUUGGUGACAGACAUAGAUCAGGCUAUGGCUCAGGUAGAUGAACGGAAAUUGAAGGCGUUGUUUAGUGAGGGCAAAGCCAUGAGUCACCACCCUUCAGAGCAGGCAUCUUUCAGUUCAGACAGAGGUGGAACUAACCAGGAAGAGGACGAUGAAGAGGAGACUAAUAUAGACGAUGAACCUCCCAGUGCUAAGAUGAUUGCCAGUCUCAAACAGAAGUCCUUAGAUGCUGAGUACUUGGAGGAAACUCCCAAGCUAAUUGUAUCCAGUGGCUCACGGAGAAGGCAGAUGAAUAGAGAAUUUGUGCAGUCCCUAAGUUUUGAUGAGGCCAUCAAGCGACCAGUAUCCUUGCCUCCUGAGUUGGACAGGAGAAAAGGUGUCAGUUUUGAUGGCGAAACUCUGGUCAACUGGCUAAGUUCAGAAUUCAAUGAGUCACAUCAUCUGCAUGUCAUACUGACCCGGCAUGAUUUUCGGCUUCUGGUGGCCCAGUUCUGUACACAUUUGCUAUCUGCUGGUAUCCUGUGUGAAGUGGACAAGAAACACAAGGAAAGUAUAUUUAAGACACACAUCCAAUACAAAUGGCACACACAGGAACAGACCCAGCCCGUGAAUUCAGACGAGCCACCCCCUGCUCCAUCACACUUGUGGCCCCCAGCCUCCCAUGGCAGCCAGGAUGGAGACGUGAUUGACUGGGACAGGAGACUUCGCUACUCAGAAGCAGCCGAGACUACAAAACUAUCACUAUCACCAUCUAAGGUUACUGCGGCUUUAGGCACUAGUUGCCCAGCUGUACCAUCAGGAAAAAACACAACGGUGGACAAACCAUCGGCAGGUCCACCUGUCCCACCUUCCCCGACACCAUGUGACACGCCUGGUGCAUCUCCUUAUGCCCAGAAUACAAAGUUCCUUUUGAGCUGUGAGAAACAUACAGUUUUGAAUGUAGAGAAAAUAGAAGCUGAAGGGACUGCCCUCACGAAGGAGACGUUACAAAAUGAGCAGAAACUUUAUGAAGAAGGGAAUGCUGAUGUGCAAAGGUACAUGGCAAAUAUUGACAAGGGACCAGUAAAAACAGAUGAAGCACUAGAAGUGAAACCAAAUAAAGCUACUUUUAGGGAUGUAGCAGUUGAAACUGAUUUCGUUUCAUUCGAGAAAAAAUGGCCAUCCGUUGAUAGAAAUAUAUAUCAUAUUGAAGAGGAUGUAAAGGCUGUACAAGAUAAUGGGAUAGAAAAAGCUCAAAUAACAUUGGAAAAGCACCUGACAUACAAACUUGAUGAAUCUCCCAUUAGGAUCAAGCCUAAUAUUGCUAUCUCUGACCCUGAAAUUCUCAGCUGCCAAGUCUCCCCUUGUGCCACUGCUGAACAGACGUCUGUCUCUGUCCAGACUUUAAACCUUGGCCAAUCUCAGGGCACAUCAACAAAAUCUAGAAGGACGCACCUGUUACCCCCCGCUUCCAGGUCCACGUCCAAGUCACCCACGUUUGCCAGGAUAUCCCAGUUCUUUAAAAGUGAUAAGCCCAAAAUCCUUGCUGAGAAACGUGAGAGUGACACUCAGUUGAAGAAAGAGUUUGAAGAUGAGAAAGAGAAACUUAUUAGAAACCAUGAGGAAGAAAUGGGUCGUAUCCGAGAGAGCUACAUCAGUCAGAUCGAGAGACUUGGUGAACAGAUAACGUUAUUACAGGAGGAGCUGAGGAAGUCUAAGACCUUGGCUGGCAUUGAUAAGUUAACACAGGAGGCGCUGCAGGCAGCUGUGGCUGCAAGUAAAGAGGCAGGCUAUGAUCUAAGUAGAAGUCAAAGCAACAUUUCAGAGAUGGUGAUCACAGUAACUGGAACUCCGGUUCAGAAGAUGUCCAACCACAGCGCAUCGUCUGGUCACAGCAUCCACUCUGGCCAAAGCCUACACUUAAGUGCCGAGCAGGGCAGCACACCUCUGGCAUCACAAGAGUCCAGUGACAGUGAAGCCGCCCCGCCCCCUGUGCCACCGUUGCCGAGCUCGAUGUCCUCAAGCUCUGGUGGACCUCCACUUCCUCCUCCCCCACCCCCACCUCCAUUUUUUCAUGCUCCGCCUCCUCCCCCUCCUCCUCCUUUCCCUCACGCUGUGGGUGGGCCCCCUCCUCCACCUCCACCUCCACCACCAUUUGCCUCUGGUGGCCCCCCACCUCCACCUCCGCCACCAGGUGGCCCAGGUUUAGCUCAAAGGAAAGAAACAGGGAAACAAAUCAUCCAGCCCAAGUCGCCCAUGAAGCCAUUGUUUUGGAAGAGGAUUCAAGUUCAGACCAUCAAGCAUACCAAGGACAAUUCUGGAGAGAAACAGUUGUUCUGGGAAGAGAUCAAUGAGGAGCCAAUCAACUUUGACUACUUUGAAGAACUGUUUGCCAAAGUGCCAGUCGAGCCAAAGAAAAAAGCUUCCACCAACAAAAACAAACCAAAAACUGUUCAGCCUGCUAAGGUUAUCUCGCCCAAAAGAUCUCAAGCUGUGGGAAUAUUGCUGUCCAGUUUGAAGCUGGACUUUCCAGAAAUAGAGGAAGCUAUUGUGAAUUUGGAUACAUCUAUACUGGAUUUAGAAAAGUUCAAGGCUAUAUAUGACAAUCGACCAGAUGCAGAGGAAAUCAAGUUGAUUAAGAAACAGCUCGAGAGUCACCCAGACAUUCCAUUGGAUAAACCUGACCAAUUCCUGUAUGACUUGGAGCAGAUCCCCUUCAUCAGUGACAGAAUAUUUUGUUUUAUCUUCCAAUCAUCCUUCCAAGAAAGUAUUGCCAUGAUUGACAGCAAACUGAACAAUUUAAAGAUGACUUGCCAGUCUCUGUCUACAUUUGUUGGAGUCAAAAGAAUAUUUGGCUUGAUAUUAGCCUGUGGGAACUAUAUGAAUGGAGGUAGCAGGACCAGAGGGCAGGCUGAUGGUUUUGACCUAGAAAUUUUACCCAAACUUAAAGAUGUGAAAGGAAAAGACAAUCGCAUCAGCCUGCUUCAGUUUGUUGUGACUCGUUAUGUGAACAUGUAUGACACUGACAACAUGGGGACUGACCGAGCCAAACUGCCUCUGCCUGACCCAAGUGAUAUCCAGCAAGCUGGCCUUGUCCACUUUGAGGAGAUUGAAAAGGAGUUGAAGAAAAUACAAAAGGACUUUGAAAUGGCACAAAGUAAGACCAACAAAAUUUUUACAUCUCUAUCUGCUGACAACUUGGAACCUUUUAAAACUGUUAUGACUGAGUUUUUCUGUAAAGGUCGACAGGACUUGUUAGAACAGGAAGAACAUUUACAAGAGUGUCAAAAACUAUUCGACAAGACAUGUUUAUUUUUCUGUGUGAAGCCAAAGAACAAUGAGAAAGUUGUCACCCCUGAGCAGUUCUUCUCUCUGUGGUUGACUUUCUGCUCUGACUUCAAGGACAUCUGGAAGAAAGAGCAGCAAACAAUUAUUAAACAUAGAAUCAAAGAAGCUGAGGAUAGGGUCAGACUAAUUAAAGAGUCCAAGUCUGUACUGCCACAGACACGAGCCAAGAAAAUUGGUGGAUUGAAAGACAGAUUGUCAAGACAAGGAAAGAUUUAAUAAUGGCCACAUAAAUGGAAUCUAUAUCAGAGAGGUUAUGAAACUCUGCAUUAGAUCUUCAACAUCCAGGGGUACUACAGACUUACUCUUCAAGGUUUUGGCUAAGUUUGUGUUUUAUUGAACAGACAAGGUUGUUGAAGUCCAGUUGUGUUAUGAUCAAGCUAUAGAUCUGCACAAACGUAUUGCAAAUGUUUGUUAUUUAAAGAGUGAUAUUGCUAAGACAUUAUAUUGUUAAAAUGUGUGCUUACUAGGAAUAACUUCAGAAAUCACAUUUAUCUGGGCCAUGUUAAUGGGACAAUUAACCUAAUGACUGCUGACCAUGUUGUAGUCACCACCUCAUUGAAGUGUUCUUUGAACCAGACCAUUUACACAUCAAUGUCUUUUAUUAACAAGUGUUGUUUUAAGACUGUGCAUCUUUUUUAAAUUUCAAGGUGAAAUAAGAAUUAGAACUCUUCAUUCCAUGAGAACUAUCCUAACACUGAAUGUUACCUUUUCUUUAGAGUUUUGUCAGCCAAGGGGGUGUGUCUUGAUGCCUGGGGGGAAUAGUAUCUGCUAAUUUUUUUUUACUUUGGCUUUCCCUUAGCCUAAAUCAUGUGAUGAAGACAUAUGGUGAUACACAUACGUUUUUUUUUUGUUUAAAGUUCACCUGCAUUUUUGAGGUCGAAACUUGUGUAUUGUGUGUAGCUAGCAGAAUGAUGGGUGUGUUGCUUGACCACGAGUGUUCAUGACAUAUUAGUGAACUUAAAAGACAACUCUUUAUUUAAUUAUCAGUCAUGCAGUGUUCAGUGAGUGAGUGAUAUUUGAUUGUACAUGUACAUUUGAUCAAUUCAUAUCUCAUUUAGCUGCAUGAGCUCACUAUUGUGUUUUGCUUGAACACACCUAGAAACAUGUAUAUGCUAUUUAUUUUAGGUUCAAAUGGUUUGUUUGAAGUUGUUUAGUCUAGAUAUAUCAUCACAUAACACAAAACAGUUUGGCUUAGUCCAGCACUUGGUCACAUUUACAGACUAGUUAUUUGCAGUGUGUGUGAUUGGCUUGUACAUAGAAACAUUUUUUUAGCUUGUUAUUUAUUACCAUACUUUUCCUUGCAAUAGAUACCUGGCUAAAGUAGAACAUUUUGUCUCUUGAGUGACUGUCUGCAUGUAUGAGGGGUAUAUGUUCAUGUUUGUUUGACAUGUAUCUCUCACUUUGUUACAAUGACACACAGAUUUUAAAGUUUAACAUUGAACAAUACAGUUCAAGAAAUA